GAGCGCUGUGGAGGCUGUGCCCCCAUACACCCGGUAACCGUGGGCAAAGCCCCCUCCUCUCUGGGCCUCAGUUUCCUCUCCUGUAAAACGGGCGAGUCACUGGAUGAUAGAGGUGUUCUCGGGACUUGCUUGGAGGACCCACCAGGCUCGGUACGAACAUGCCUGUCUUUCCUGUAGAAAGCCUUUCUCUCUUGGACAGCCUGGUGUUAGGGGCCGUCCAGAUCAUGACAAGCUCCUUCCACUUGUUAAUGUGGUAUUUCCUGUUUGACCUUUAUAGCCAACAGCAUAAAGGAUAUUUUGGCAUGUAUAAUCCUAUAACCUAUAGAGUACAGUAUCCAUCAUGGGCAAUCAGUUUCCUCGUGUCUGGAAUCCUCUCAGUAAGUGAAGCCACAUACUCCUCCGUCCAUUCGAGAAAGUUGGCUUUCUUUGGAAACAUUGUGAGUGCCUCAGUAGCAUCAGUUGGAAUCAUUCUCAUAAUCAUUGAAUUGUGUAUGGAAGAAGAACUAUCCUAUAAAAAUUUUUCCAGAGCAAAUGUGGGAAGGAUGGUUUCCAUGAUUUUGUUAAUCACCUCCCUCCUGGAGUUCAGCCUCACAUUUACCUACGUCUGUUACGUAUUCUAUAAUUGGGAUAGCCUCAUGCAAGAGAACACACCCGAGGGGGGCACAAGCUGUAGUGUCAAAGAGGUGAGCUACCCGGAGGAAGAGGAGAGAGACAACAGUGAUGAAGAUGGGGAGGACAAAGAGGAGGUGAGGGAGGAGGACGGAGAAAGAAAAGAGGAGCUGAAAGAAGAGACAGCCUUGUAAAGAGCCUGGCCUUGUGGGGAAUCCCACGCUCACUGCCAAGACCAAGGGAGCAGCCAGCUUGGCGCCUCCUUCAGAAGAAAACGCAAACUAUUCCCUCUUGCCAUUGGUGCCCAGGAGCUCCCAGGCUCGGAGGCUGAUGCUUCCCUCCACAUCGUAUUCUCCGAGGUGGCAGACUUGGUGCCCAGCUGUGGCUCUGGUGUGUCUACGAAAGCCUGUCACCAUGCACCUCUAGACAGAAGAGAGCAGUUCUCAAAGGGUUGAGACAUAAUGGCCAGCCCCCGCGUCUUCUGGCAGAACCCUGGGCAGGCGCAGCCUUCAGAAGCUUCUCCCCACUCAAGCCCCUCGCUCUGGUCCUAAACCUACCCCAAAAGUGGAUCAGGCUGGGCGUCUAUGAAAUAUCACCCACCCUGACCUCAGCAGGGUCCUCCACUCUGAAGGUUUCACUUCUCCUGCCAGUCCCAUUUCCCCUUAUUCCUCGAUCACCUGUUUCAUUGGUCAUAGAGCAACCAACUCAUUGCUUCUCCCAUGGAUCCGGGCUCGGUUCAGGUGGUUCCCCUUCCUUCUGAAUGGCUCAGUCCCCCAGAAAGCCUUGGGUCAGGCACAUAAAUCAUGUUAACGGGCUCACCUCACUGUCUGAUUGUGCUCUCUCCUUCAUUGUUCUUUCUUCUUUCCUUCUGGCUCUCUCGAGCUGCCUCUCUCCUGUGGCACAAUGAGGUAGCAGAGAAAGUCCUAGAUCUGGAUAGAGGCAGCAAGGCCUGCUUCCAAUCCCACCCCAAACCCCAGCAAGCUCUGGGAGUUCUCUGGGUCUCAGUUUUCCCGUUGGUACAAUGACAAGGGUAAGACCUGAUCACCUCUAAAAUCCUGUCCAGCUGUAACUCCAAAGCCUCACAAUUCCUGACACGAUAAAUGAAGUUUUCUCGGCUCUAAACAAUCCUUUCUUCUGUUAGAACUAAAAGGGACCUUUGAGGUCCCCUAUUCGGGGGUCAUCGAGCUAGAUCUACAGUGGAUCUCAGAAGUCCUCGCUAAUCCAACCCUCUUGUCUCUUAGAUGGGAAAAUCAAGGUCCAAGUUCACAAAGAAAGAAUGACUUGAACCCAAGACUCUGACUCCAGAGUCAAUGGUUUUGGUUUAUUUGUUU